UAAUCAGGGUGUACAUAUCAAGGAUAAUGGAUUAGAAUUAAUCUCAGAGAUGAUUUCAUCCUACCUUGGAGGAGUAAAUUGUCAUGUUCUGAUGGGAGCUAAUCUGGCACCAGAGGUAGCUGCUGAGAAGUUCUGUGAGACAACAAUUGGUUGCAAAGAUAAAGCAAAGGGUAUUCUGCUUAAGAAACUCUUUGAAGCAGAUUAUUUCAGAGUGGUAGUUGUGGAAGAUGAAAACACAGUGGAACUGUGUGGAGCAUUAAAGAAUAUUGUAGCAGUAGGUGCUGGUAUAAUUGAUGGUCUGAAGCUAGGUGAUAACACUAAAGCUGCUAUUAUCCGUCUUGGUCUAAUGGAGAUGGUAUCCUUUGCUGAGACGUUCUAUAAAAAUGUUGACAAGGCAACCUUCCUUGAAAGCUGUGGUGUUGCUGAUCUCAUUACAACAUGCUAUGGAGGCAGGAAUAGAAGGGUUUCUGAAGCUUUUGUCUUGACAGGAAAGACAAUCGAGGAGCUUGAGAAGGAGAUGUUGAAUGGUCAGAAGCUUCAAGGACCUCAAACAGCUUUUGAAGUUCAUCAGAUGCUGAAAGAAAAGAAUCUAACCGACCAAUACCCUCUGUUUACCGCCAUCUACAAUAUUUGUUACGAAGGCCUUUCAGCAACUAAGCUGAUAGAAUCUCUUCAUGAUCAUCCAGAGCAUAUGUUUGAACCGAAGAAGUCUGGAGCUCGCCUGUAAAGCUGAUGACAGACUCAAGCCACUUGUGCUUUCACUCAAUAAUUUUGGACACAUUAUAUUGAUCUCUAUUUUUUUCUUCACUUGGAAGAACAUAUUAGUUGAUUAUUCUCAAUGCGAAUAUGAGGUUAUAGCAGUAAACCUGAUGGUGAAUUUUUUAGACAGGUAUAUUGAAUGAGUAAUGAGUGGUGUUCUUGUAUCCAUUUUAGAAAGUGAAAAUAAAAACUGGUUCUGGAAAAUUUGGUUAAUCUUUGAUUUUUCUUUAUGUUUGAACUGAAAUGUGUUGGUUUGGAAAAGAAUAAUAUCAAUAGAUCUGUCUAGCAGAUUGGAUUUGAUGAGAUUAAUAAUGGAUUGCUGUAUUUUCUAUAUGAGGAAAUAUAUACAAGCACGAUGAUUCCCAUUAUUCUAUAGAUUUUACUCACUUUAAGAAAUGCAAAGAUACUUUGCUUUUUUUAUCUUUCAAUAAUUGCUCUUUGUUUAUAGCUUUGAUUACUCUUAUUGUUAUCUUUUUCUUUUUAGUCUUGUGUUUUGUCCUAAUUUUCUGAGUGUUCUUGUAUUCACUGGAGAAUAUGAAUUAUAAUUUAAGGUUUUAAUGUUGGUUGGUAGAGGGCAUAAAUCAGACUGCAACUGCACUCCAAAACCUUUCGUAGGAUGAUAGAUAUAAACUGAAUGACAUUAAUGUUAACAAUGUCCUCAUUGUAAAUUGGGAUUUGUAACUAGGAUUUCAUUUACCCUUAAAACCAAACAUAAUCAGCAUUCUACAUUGUACAUGAAAUAACCAAUAUUUAUUUUUUUAAAUUAUUGUUAAUCAGUAUUACCUCCCAGUCUUCCUGCAAGAGUAAUAAUAUUGUAACUUCUGAAUUCUGAUCUUUAGAAAAUUUAUAAGAAAGGUAGAUAGUUAGGGAAUAAGAUGAUGAUCAUUCGAUUUAAAUUUUACAUUGCUUUUGAAAACAUGAAAUAUAAUAAGUUUGAGUUUUGUUGAAAGUAGCUUGUAUCGAUAUUUAGAAGAACAGCAAUUAUUUUAUCAAUAUGAAAUCAAUAUUGAACUCCUCAAUUUAUUUGAUAAAAUAAUGGAAUCCGUUAGUUAUAUACCAACUAUAGUUACUGAAGGUUAACCAAGGGCAGCGUUACUUGGGUUAGGGCUCUCUACACAUUCCCCUUUUUUUUCAAGAGAUGAAAAAAAAAAGAGAAAUUUGAAAGAAGAAGUAUGCAAGAGAUUUCCCUAUUUCUUAUUCCAACAAAAGGUAAUCAGCUCACCUUUAUGUCAAAAGUACAGUCUACUAUAACUCGUAUUUUAUGAAGGCAUAGCAGAUAUUAAGAAUCAUAUCGAGUGUAAAUACAAUAUCAUGUCUCUUGAUUAAGAUAAAAAGUUAUAUUUCACAAUGAUUUCAGGUAUUGGAUAAAAUAUAAUGAAAUUUGUAAAGAUGGUUGUCAAAUGUUAAAUCGGAUCAUUGUAGAAUUACAGGUUGCAUAGUCAAGGUCAACUGUCACUUUGUUAUGGUCAAUAAACUUUGAUCUUGAAACGUCAUUUCUAAAGUAUAUUAUUAAUUUUUAGAUUCCAUUGAAAUUGUAUAUAAGCGCAAUCAAUAUCAGAAACUAAUAUCCAGAUCAAAUUCAAAAUGAAAGGUCAUUUCAGGUGAAAGAAAUAUGAUUAUGUAAUUUCUUGCAAUGUGUAUACAAGUGUGCACAUGUAAAUUUGAAGAAAAAAAACUUUUACAGAAGUGACUUUUUCUGUUUUAUAUUCAUAUUUAGUGCUCAUGUUUCUCUUAUUUGACUAUUCAUGUGCUCCAAUAAUUUUGGUGUUUGACCAAGCUUCUUUUAUCUUUCAGCAUUUCAAGAAACUAAAUCAUUUUCUUUGUGGUAAUAACAAUCGUUGUUAAUACUAAACAAGUGAAGUAAAAAUGGUUACAUUUUCUUUUGUAUUAUUUCACUUUUUCAUCUUCAGGGUAUUCAAUAUAUAUUGAACAUUUAUUCAUACACCAUCUUUUAGGAAUUUGUUGUAGUUAUUUCCUUGAUAAUGGGGGGGGGGGGGACUGAAAUUACAUUACAUUCAUUCAUAAAAUAUUGAAUUAUGUUACUGCAAGGAACAAUACCCUAAUUUCUGUAUGGUGCCCUUUGUUGAAAGUGUACUCUAUGUUGACAAAAAGCACAAACAAUGCAUGAUUUAGAAAACUUUAUCCAAAAGUUUAUAUAUAUGACAUUUUAAGUGUUUUACUUAUUAACAAAGGGUUUUACUUUUUUGUCGGAAUAAGUUUGUAUUCUUCAUCCAACCUCAUGGCAAAAAAAAAUGUAUUCACAAAUUUCUAGAAUUUUCAUUUUUUAUGACUAAUAGUGUAUAAAUCAAUUUCAAACAAUAUUUUUAAUUAUUUGUAUAUAAUUACUCUAUGAUUUAUAGAUUUGACUUUUAUAAGAUUUGUAAUUAUUUUGAUGUGAUGUUUUCUUGCCAAAAUUACAGACCAUGAUUAUAUUCCAAUUCAUAGAAGACAUUGAUUUGUAUGAUAGCAUAUGAUUUCAUUAAAUAGUAGUGUGUGAACCAUAUAUCCUGUGAAAUCUGUCCUCCAUCAUGUGAUGUACUUAUGAUUCAGAUAGAUAUCUUGAAUAUUUUGUUGAAUAAUUGAUUGGUUAAUGGAUGGGAUAAUGGAAUGUUGAUUGGUUGAAUGUUGUAUUGGUGUUUGAUUAGAUAUUUUGUUGAAUGUGUGAUAUUUGAUUAAAUAUGUUGUUAAAGAUAAAUACCAGUUGUGGUAAUGAUCUCAAAAUGAGUUUAAACAGAUUCCAAUAAAAUGACCACCAAAGUGUUUGUAUGUAUAUAAAUAAAAUAUAUGUGCCAAAUCACUCGGGAAGAAAAUGUGUAAUUGCUGAGAUAUAAGCAAAGUAAGCACAGAAUUUCAUCAAAUGUUGGGUAUUUUUCCAAGCAAUAGGUUUUCAGCUAAGAUUUCAUGAUCUCACAAAGAUCAUCUUAUUUCAAUGUACCAGAUCUAUACCAAUGAAAAUAUUGUGACAAUAUUGAUUUUAAUGUCUUUCUGAUGAAAUAAAUGUUUGCUGCAA